CUCAAAAGGCCCUUUCAUAUUCUUUGAUAGUUCUCUCCCAACACAAUAUUUAGUUUAAGUUUCUCUUUUUCUUUUCUUCCUUUAAAAAAAAAAAUUGUAAGAAAAAAAUGGGUUUGAGAGAUAUUGGAGCAACUCUUCCACCAGGGUUUAGGUUUUAUCCUAGUGACGAGGAGUUGGUUUGCCAUUAUUUGUAUAAAAAGAUUGCAAAUGAAGAAGCUUUGAGGGGCACUUUGGUGGAGAUUGACUUGCAUACUUGUGAGCCUUGGCAACUUCCUGAGGUAGCCAAGUUGAAUGGAAACGAGUGGUACUUCUUCAGCUUUCGGGAUCGAAAAUAUGCAACGGGGUUUCGAACCAAUCGGGCAACGACAGCUGGGUAUUGGAAAGCAACAGGGAAAGAUAGAUUGGUGAUGGAUCCAACAAAAGGAGAGGUUGUGGGAAUGAGAAAAACUUUGGUGUUUUAUAGAAACAGAGCUCCAAAUGGGAUCAAAACAGGAUGGAUCAUGCAUGAGUUUCGAAUUGAGACCCCACAUAUGCCUCCAAAGGAGGAUUGGGUUUUAUGCAGAGUUUUUCAUAAGAGCAAGGCAGAUCAGGACAUCACUGCAGAAACAACAACAGCACACACCACCUCAAACUUUCCGUUGGAUGCCGUGAUGGCGGCAGCAGCAGCAUCAUCCUCCUACCGCUCGCUGCCAAACCACAUCGAAUAUCUGCCGGGCGACGACUCGAAUGGGCUGCUGCCAUGGGACAUCAACAUGGAAGAAACUGCCUUCAGCUCCUAUGGAGUUGGUGAUUCAAAUUCACAAGAAAUGAAGUAUGAGAUAAUUGACAACACCAUACAAAAUGCCUUCCCUUUUAACUAUUUUGUUGCUUGAGAAGAGAUUUUAUUAUAUGAAAGGUGAUUGAAUAUUUUGUUGUUGAAUUAUUGUAGUGCCUGUGUAACAGAAAGGGUUUUGGUUAAGUGUUUUACUUUUUUGUGUUUAUGUAAUGAUUUUGUGUAGAAUGAUAUCUGUGUUUAAUUAAUUGUUUUUCAAUUGGGUUAAGUAGAAAUAUAUAUGAUGUUCUCUCAA